ACCAGAGGCUACAUUGAGACAAUCUGAGGAGGCAGAGCAACAGGUUAUGCAAGAAGUUGUCAAACACCGCCCAUCAGGUGUGUUCUUGCUCGGAGAGGUGACUCAAGAUUUACACGGUGGGGAGUGGAAAGGAGCGGAAUUCACGCAUAUUUGUUGGUUUGUUUUUGCCAACCGUGGGAACAUACAUGCCUCCCCCCUUUAUAUUUUCACGAAGGGACUGUCCGUGUUGAGACGGCAUCGAUGUUUGUCAGUCUCAUGUGUUCGACAUGGCAAAUGUUUCUCCUCGGGGGGUUCGUCCUGUCAGGAGUGGCGCUCGUUUCAGGAAUUGAAAUCUAUGCACCGUCUGAGGUGGAGGCGGUGAACGGCACCACGGUCAAACUCAAGUGCACCUUCCGCUCCAGUCACCCUGUGUCGACUCAGUCUGUUAUCGUGUCCUGGAACUUCCGUCCCCUGAAUUCUAAAAGAGAAGAGUCGGUGUUCUACUACCAAGAGGUUCCGUACCCUCCUCAGAGUGGACGUUUUAAAGACCGUGCAGUGUGGUCAGGAGAUGUUACAAGAAGUGACGCCUCGAUCACCCUGCAUGAGGUGCCCCCAACGUUUAAUGGCACGUUCAUCUGCAACGUGCGAAACCGCCCAGAUGUGCACGGCGAUAACAGAGAAACCACCCUCACUGUCGUCACCAAAGCUUCCCUCUCGGAGAUCAGCAUCCUGGUCAUCGCAGUUGUCAGCGGCUGCGUGAUUGUACUGAUUCUCCUCUGUUCCUAUCUGGCUGUGAAGUUCUACAAGAGGAGGCGCAGGGAUAAGGACUUGGAAAUGAACGUACAGGAGCCCAUGUGCAAGGACCCGGAGCCAAAGCGCAAGGACCCGGAGCCUAAGCGCAAGGAGCCGGAGCCUAAGCGCAAGGACCCAACCGUGUGUAAACCCGAGGAAGCGGUUCAUCUGACUCUAGCGAAGGAGACAUUGGAGUUUGAUAGCUCUGAUGAUGAAGAGUCUGAGCCUAGCAGCGGAGACGAUGAGGAGGAGGACGGCAGUGAAGAAGAAGACGACGACGAUGAUGAUGACGACGAUGACGAUGAUGAUGAUGAUGAUGAUUAAACCGGGCACAGUUGGGUGAAUUUGUCAUGACUUUACCCCAAGCAUUCCUGUUAGAUUCUUGCCAAGCGCAAGUACGAGCGGUAUGAAUUUGAUCAGUUUAUUAUCUGGAUUACAUCAAUUUCUUUGAACCAGAAGCCCAUUUUUGGUGAACAACAAAAUUUGCAGGUACAAGAAUGAAGCCGUGACCAAGCAAGGGACAGAAAUGGCUUUAUAUGGCCUUGCAUAUGAGAUGGAUGUUGUUAGGAUUGUUCGAUCUUGGUGUAGCAUCUGUGAUCCACAGAGGGCUAGUCGCAAUUUGUGUAGUGGUGUCGUUGGGUUGAUGGUUGUACCGUCUCGCUUUUUCGUUCAAGGAUUGCCGCUCUGCUCAAGCUACGUUUGGCUGAAUUUUCCCACCGUUGCUACUGAUGGGCAAGUGAUGUGGCAUCAUUUUGCUUUUGUUGGAACAAGCAGAGUUAAUGCGUUUGCGAUCACUACAAUUAUCUGCUGAUGAAACGCCCCCACUAACAUACUACCAAGCACUAUUUUUCACUUUCAUAGUGCUGGUGAAAACGAACAACUGUUGUUUACUUCUGUAUAAUGGUAACAUUGCACUUAUGAUUUUGUAUUUUGAUUUUGUACACUAUUUUUUUUGUCUAGAAUGUUAUUUGUAACUAUAAUAAACUAUUUGAAAGUA